UGAAUAGAACACUUUUCAUUUCAUUCGAGUUAUGUAAAUGAACACUAUGGUGAAUAAGGGACUCUUUAUUUUUGUCGCUUUCGCCGCAUUCACAUUUGCCAGCGAGAUUGAAGAUGCUGAACAGAAAAAAAGGGGAGCUGGAAAAGCCAACGUAUUGAAUGCAAUCCCAACAGGGACUCAAAAGACUGAUUAUAAUUACAAUAUUUAUCCAAGCGGCCAGAAUCCAAGUCAAACUUAUCAAAGCCAAGUACCAAAUUCUUUUUAUCCUAGUCAAAGUGCAAGCCAGUACUAUUCAUCUUCAAAUGCUCCUGAAUCAUCUAUCUCGAGUGCUCAGCACUCACAGUUAUCACCCCAAACAACUCCUUCACAAUUUGUACCUAUUAACUUCGUACCCAACCCCGGUUAUCAAUCUAAAUACCAACUGCUUCCUCAAAAGUCAAAUGGUAAUGUGCAGUUAGCCAUUGUACAACAGCCCAUUUCACCAGCACCAAUGAUACAGUACCCUCAUUCUUUCUUUGCGUCAAAUCCUGCAACUCACAUCGGUCAAAACACUUUAUUUGGGUCUAUUGGUCAAAGCCAUUUUAGUUUUGCUCCAAGUUACCAACCACUACAGUUUAGCAGCCACUUUUUGAGUCAACCUUCUGGAGUGGUGGUUUUGCCACAGCCUCACCCAACUUUAUAUAAUAACUUAGUGUAUCCUAACCCCACUCAGAGCUUUUACAACUAUUAUCCUUCAUCCUCUCAAGCUAAAUAUAGUUAUGCCUCUGGUGCGUCACCAUCAAAUGAAUACGAAAAGCUGCAAUCUUCAAUUCCACAAAGUGUUCCAAAGGAAGAUAAUGGUAUUAAUGUGCAGAGUACUGACUAUGUAACGUCAUCGGAUUCGAAUUCAGGAUAUAAGAGUGCGUAUAAUAGUCGCACUUCUUAUGCGAAAAUUUAA